CUCUCUCGUUCCCCCACACCACCAAAGCCCACCAAGCCUCAAACGCCCACGUUGGAGCAGUAGCAGCAGCACAGAGCCAGAGCCAACCAGCCGUUCGAUCGUCCAACGCAGACGGAUCCGAUGGCCCUCGCUCUCUCCGGCUCCGCUGCUGCCCGCGCGCUCGCCCAGCGGCUGGCCCCGGCCACCGCCAGGGGCUACGCGGCGGCGGCCUCCUCCGGGGCGAUGAGGCGCGGCGCCGCGGCGGCCGCGGACGGGAAGGCGGCCAGGGAGGCCGAGAAGGCCGCGGCCGACGCCUCGUGGGUGCCCGACCCCGUCACCGGCCACUACCGCCCCGCCAACCGCGCCGCCGGCGCCGACCCCGCCGACCUCCGCGCCGCGCACCUCGGACAGACCUACGCACGGGCCUGAAGCCCGGCUCCACUCGACCCUCCUGGUCCCGCCAUGGAAAACAGAACUGCUACCGCUACGUAACGAGGGAAGAUAGGGAAGAGGCAGGCGGGGCUCGUUCGCCGCGCGCGGCUGUGCGGCUUCACGACGCAUCUCAUCAUCAUCGAUCCUAUACUACGGGGGAGAUGCGGCCUGGACGUUUGGCUGUUUCCCAUUGUGUUUGUGUGCGUGCGUGCGUGCGUCUGGGCUUGGAUGCUCAGAUCAGAUGUAUUUUUGGUCGAGCAGGGCUUGUACCUUUUACUUUUACAGUUAGGUAUUAUAAUAACAAAAGAAUCCAGCGUUUUUCUUGUUCCUAAA